CAUGAUUCAUAUUCUUUAAAAAAGUAAAAUGUAGAUGAUGAUUUGACAUCACGGCCUAUACUAGGUUAUAAAUAUCGCAUGUCGGUGGGCGAAUCAUCUUUUUCUCUGACGAGCAGCCGACCAGGAUUGAGUUAUGUACUAUGAGAUACUGCCAUAGCGGCAGUAGUACAUAAAACUUUGAAAGCUACGGCGCGUUCCUGCAUGGUAUCAAUCAACGCUACGGAAGCUGACCUGGAAUAUCUUCGUGAUGACCCUCCAUUCCCCCAUAAGUCUGCCUGCGUCAUCACCUGUCUUCUAGAAAAAGUAGGAGUCGCGAAGAAUGGAAAAUAUUCGAAAACCGGUUUUAUGGUGACCGUUAGUCCUCUAGUGUUGCACAACAUGAAGAAAUUGGAGCACAUGAAAAAUGUUUCUGAGAACUGUGAAAAGGAGAUAAAACCCAAUGAAGAUCCUUGUCAACUGGGCAAUGAAAUUACGAUCUGCGUUUUCAAAUACGCCCCAGAAUUGCAUUUUAAAAGCUGAAGCACUUUAAGUUUCUAUUAAAAGUUGAAGAAAUUUA